AUGGUAGCUGCGAAAACUUGCUUUUCCCCACUCGAUCCGCGGGUGACACCGUGGAAAUCCAAACGCCCUGCGGGUCCCGAGUCUCCGCGGAGCUCCCGCAGGCCGCGGGUCCCAGCCCUCGAGCCCCGCGGGUGGCCGAAGAGAGGUCUCUGGGGCCGCCGAAGCGAGGUCUCCGGGGCCCCCGCAGCCCUCAGUGCUCCUGCCUUGAGCGCAGCGGCCCUCCCUUUGUCCGGUACCCUCCGCCCCGGGCCGGCGCCCCUCGCCCGCGCCCGCACUCACCAGUGCCGGGUCGCCCGCCGGGCCCCGGCUCGCCGCGCGGCUCAGACAGGUGUGGGCGCCGGGAGGGCGCGCGCAGCUCCCAUGCCGGCUCGGCGGCGCGACCGAGUGCGAGCGGGGCGGGCGGGCCGGGGAGCUGGGCCGGCAGCCGACGGAUCCGCCCCCCGCGCCUCCCUAGCUGGCCUGCCCCGCCUCCGGCCUCGGGGACGCCGCGCCCCCGCCGCCCGCGGCCCGCCCCCCGCCCGCGGCCCCGCCUCUGUCGCCCCCGCGGCCGGAGCCUGGCUCGGGGCUGCAGGACCGCGGCGCGCGGCUCUGCGCAGGUGGCCCCCGGCGCUCGCCUGUCCCGGCCUUGCCGCGCCAGCCCGCGCUGGCUCCCGGGGAGCCCCCGGCCGGAACGAGCCCAGGGCCUUUGCUGCCGGCCGGCCGCCUCCUGCUCGGAAAAACCAGCCCCCCCCCUCCAAAGUCGACAGCCUAGCGUUGGGGCUCUGGGCCACAUCUGGUGCGCGCGGAACCCCUCCGCGAAGCGGGGCGCGGGGCCCGGAGCGCGGCUGGGGCGAGGCAGCUUCGAGGGACCGGCUGGUUGGGGAGCCCACCGGCCUCGGCUCUUUAUCGGGGCGCCAGCGGGUGGAGCCACCUCCUCGCUCAGUGGGUCAGCUUCCCUGA